CAUCGGAUAAGUCGAUACGUAAAGUGCCGAAACCAUCGUACUCCCUUAGCAACAACUAGCUCCCACCGACCGCGGCAUACUGUUUUUAUCUGCGCCGUGGACCAUCAGUGUAAUCGAUAGUGGAGUGGUUUCUUUAAUCGGAUCCAUUACAUUUGCACCAUCUCCAUAACAGUUACGCAACAACAAUUUAAUGGAUGAAGAAGAGGGCGAGCAGCCGGAGUCACCGGAGGAAGGGUCGGAAGUGCAGCCGCCCCGCGUAGUGGAACCGCCCGAGCCCACACUAGCCCCGGACCCGGAGGAUGUUCUGCUGAAGAGCGACGCCGAUGCAUUAGGAGAAACGGAUUGGCUGGAGCAGGCAGUGGACAUUGCCUAUCACGCUCCCAACUUAACCGUUCCCCUCUACAAAUUCAUCCAGGAGGGCUACGGAAAGUUAGGACGUCGACUGAACCAGCCCCUACUGACAGAGGGCCUGUCGAUGCUGGCCAAGACCAUUUCCGGUCUGGGACACGUCUUCGUCCGACUGGACCUGCCAGGUCGCUCCCUCGUCGACAUCGCCGCCAUCCAGCACCUCCAGCAUUUGCGCUACGUCGCUCUGCCCGGCAACCAUCUGCUUGAUAUCCGGCCGCUCAAUCAGUUGCACUUCCUUAUGCAACUCGAUCUGUCCGAUAACUAUCUCCUUUCCAUGCAGCCCUUGGAGCCGCACCCCUUCUUAAAGGUUAUAAACGUGAGCAAAAACUUCUUGAAAGAUUUGCGCGGUAUUGAGGAGCAGCCGCAUCUGCAGCGCCUGUACAUUAGCUACAACAAGCUGUCGGCCUUCAACUUGUCGCAGACCAAGUUUCUUAAGGAUCUCGAUACACUGGAAGUGCGAAAAAACCGUCUGCGCACAUUCGACGCCGUACUCCCUUCGCUGAAGACGCUGUUUCUGGCGCAGAACUGCAUUGACACUCUGGGUGAAUUCUCUUGUACACCUAAGCUGGAGUUCAUUGACUUACGGCGCAAUAAAAUCCGCUCGCUACAGAAAUGGCAGAUUCCAUAUUUAAAAUACCUGAAUUUAUCGUGGAAUUAUUUGGAGAAUCUGGAGGAAGUAUUUGGUGUGUUGAAAGACUUACCGGAACUACAGACGCUGGUGAUGAGCAAUAAUCCGGUGUGCGAGAACAUGGAACGGCUGCAACAGCACGCUAUGGUUAGCUGUCCAGCACUGAAGCGCUGCAACCAGAUGCUGGUCACCAAAGAACUGCGCCAGGAAGCAGCACAGCAACUGUUGGAAGAGGAAAACGACAAGCCCUCUGGCUGACCAGUGAAUCAGAUGAAUUGUUGCUACGGUUUGAUUAUACAGUAACGACAAAUACGCUUUGUGUAUCUGGUGGUAGACCAAAUGUAUAAGGUGUCGCUGGAGUUAUGCCGGGUUUAUGUCUGUUCGCUGGAGGCCGCGACCAGUAUCGCGCAAUAACACUUCGUCCUACUGGUAAACACGGGAGUGGUACUAGAAUUACUGAACACUGUGAACAGCAUCAUAAAAUACACACAAAACCACGUCUAAAAAUCUGUCAAACAAACAGUUAUCAUAAUUUUAUUACAGUAUCAAUUAAUAAACUCAAGGCCCUGUUAUUCAGUCGCAUCGGCUCCAUCAAGCUGUUCCGUUUCUUUGGCGCAUGUGGUCGAAAAUUUUCCGUUGAUUUCCAUGGGUAAUGCAGAGUGCUUGAUACAGUGGCGCGCCAUCUUGAUGAUUUGGCUGCUUCUAAAGCGGCAAUCAGCGCACACCAGGAGUGCGUUGCGACAUAACUGCUGAUGCUGACCGCCUAGCAAAUGGGAGAUUAGCGUCUGCUCCGCUUUGCAAUGGAACUGGCACCCUUCGCAGCGAUACGGAUGCGGUGAAGCAUGACAGCCGAUGAUGACCUCCUUUGCCGAUGAAUUAAAGACGACGGUGUGCACGCUGGUUGGCAUGAUGGACUCGUGAGCAUGAUUGUUCCGAAGCGGCGCCUGUCGGGAAGGCAUUCGAACGUUCCUCCUUCUCCUCCUCGGGAAGGACGACCUUCUCCCGUAACAGUGAGCUCUUCGGCAUGGUAGCGCGGCUCGAAUUACGUGGUUUACCUUGCCGUUUCCGUCUUAUGGUGCCUCCAUGCCUUCUGCUGUCUUCAAAAAAAGUUUAUGCAAAAGCAAAACUAAGAAAACCCAAAAGAACUCACUCUUCAAGAAGCGCUGCUUGACGUCUUUGCCAGCCAGAUGCAGUAUUUUGGAUACCGUCGGCAUACUCAGACCGACACGAUCACAAAUUACACACAUACUUAGGUCCUCUUGGAACAACUGACACACCAACUGCUUCUUCGCGUUACUCGCCCUCGACAUUCCUCGGCCUGAACCUGACCCUUCAAGAUAAGAUACAGCAAUAUCAACAAUUUAAUUCAUGGGAGUAGCGUAAGCUAACCAUUACCACUACAGAGAGAGAAGGCAGAACCAGUGUGGCUCUGCCUCCUUUACUGGGAACACGCAAAAACGAGGCUUAAGGCGGUGCUUUCCACGUGAGACCUCUACCAGUUAGUGUACUGCCUCGUAUGUCUAAACAAGCCAGAAAGGGGUUCAGAACCCAACCCGUUCGCCAUGGGACAGAAAUAAGUUGCGGAAUAAUAAGAGAUACGGAAUACAGGACCGAGACACCUUUUUGUUGCGAGUGGUUUACAUUUACACAGUGUCUUCACUGCACUUACUGCCAGACAAGGUUUUGCCGACCAACAGCAGCUCCCGUUGCACAUCGUACAGCUGCACUCCGAGGGUACCGGCGAUCUUCCGUCCAGUAGAGCCCUGUUCAAACAUCCCGUAAAUGGCUUGCCGCUGUGCAUCGGUGAUGUUGCGUCGACGUAAUUGUCGAUCAGGCCGCUCGACGGCAGUUAUCCGAUUAGAAGGAACCACGCCGCUGCGGUUGGUCAAAUCGAGUUCGGGGAACUCCGGCGACUGUCGACCGCCACUGGAUGGUCCACUGUGCUUCUGCGUUGACUGAUGGCGUCGCUUGCCUUCAACGGAUAAAGCGCGCGGACUGAUUGAUUGAGCAGUUGCCAAGUUGUACAAACGACAGCAUCUAUGCGUUUUUUCCCUUUAGCACUCAAGACUCACUUUUUGCUGGCUGUUUUGCGCUGACAACAACGUUUUCGCCAAUCGCACUACGUGGCCGAAGCCGACGACGCUCAGUGCUGGAAAAAGCUCUCCGUGGCAAACAAGUUCUCAACGCCACAGCCAUUUCUCAACCCGAAAACGAACGUAGUCAAAAUGACGGAAACAGAGGAGACAGUGUAUCUCGGCGUGUCUUACUGCGGAGAAGCAGCUGUCUGACAGACAAGCCGGAAGAAACGCUAAUGGCCCCUACGAAUGCAGCAGAAUCCUAUGAUGACGGAAACGAGCCUAACACUCCUGCAUAUUCCGUGACCUCCUUUGCCGGCGGGAAACUCCAUGUGCAGGCCCAGGCGUCAAAAGUCCGCCUCGCCGAAGGAAUCGUGCGCCACGCCCUUACAGGAAAUUCAAACAUCAAACCCGAGCAAGCCAUGGAAGAAUGCCGGCGAGAUGGCGCUCCUGUUGCCGGCAAGGGGCAGCGGUAUGCGUGCAGUACGUGCCAGCUAUCAUGGCACCAUGAGGACGAUCUCCGAUCGCAUCUGCUAGGCGCCGUACAUCGCAAAUUGGCAGCCAGUGGAGGCUUCUUUGCUUGCACGGGAUGCUCCUUCAAAAGCCGGAAGCCGCUGAAGAUGACCAACCAUAUUAUCGUCUAUCAGGCGCGCUCCCGUCAAGAAAGCGAAGGGAUAGUGCACACUGCCGCUGUGGCUCCUCCGGAGGCUUAACUGCGAUGUGUGGCUGUGUUGGUACGUCUGCCGAAGAUUAUGCUAAUUUUUUAUGAUCAGGCUCCGUUGUAUGCGUUAUGCUGACAUAACCUUAAAACUUGUGAUCGAAUAAAAAUUUUUAUUAGUCAUAAAUGUUUGUAUAGUGUGCGA